AUGGAGAAGAAAGACAAACCAAACUGGGAGAGUGACAAACCCUAUAUCCAAAGCAGAUCACAUCAUUUCCAGAAAGAGGACCCUAAGGAAGUCAGAGAAGAACAGUGGGAAUUCCUAGAGAGAGCUAAGGGGAAAUGGGGAGACAACUGGGUGAUAGGAGGAGAUUGGAAUGAAAUUAUGGAGCAUAGUGAGAAAAAAGAAUUUAAUGAGCCACAAGGACCUCCAAGCAGAGUCAAUGACACAACAGAAACCAACAAUGAUACAAGAGCAGAAGGUGUUAAUGACACAAGGUUGAAUAUCAAUAAGACAAAUGCAGAACCAAGCAAAAACGAAGAGGAAAUGCCUACUUCUAGCAAAAAAGCAGAUGGUAUUAUACAUCUGAUUCCCAUUAAAGAGGAUGAUUUCCAGCUCUAUGAGGAUAACAACCUGAUGCACAUGGGAGAUCAAAACAAAGAAGACAUUAUCAUGAAUGAAGGGAAUCUGGGAGUGGAUAUCACAAGCCAGACUGAUGCAGCCAUAUCUCAAAGCACAGCCCGUGAUCGGCGAAUCGAAAUAGUAAACUGGGGGGCGUAUUGGGAAAUAUUGGGAGAUACUGCCGUUUGCCGCUGCUCACGAGCGCAGUCAUCACCGAAUUUGGUGUCUUCAGAGGAAAUCAGAUGA